UCUCACCCUGGUUUUUCCAUCAGUUACUACAAAUUGUAAGCCCCUGUGAUUUUUUUAAAUGUGAUUAUUGCGAGAUUAUUGAAAUAGUAAAGUAUCGAUUUAAGAAUUCACACUCGUACAAAUUGUGGUUGUCGUUAAUUUGGCAAUGGCUGUGGUAAUAUUUACAUGUGUUGAAUCUGACAUUUUUUUGUCUCCACCCAGUCUAAUCUUAUAAUGAAUAGAGUAUAAUGCAGUUUUAGUUUUUCAUGAUACAGUAAAACCUCUCUAAGCAAAAUCGCUUGGGACCAUCCAAUUUUAACAUCUCAAGGAGUUUCCGACUUCAAGCGGCUCACAUUCAUUAUGAAUUUGAAUGGGGACCAAAGAAAUUGUCUGUGUUACCGGAGUUUCCGUCUUACCUAAGGCUCUUUGUGGGAUUUCAUCCGUGUAGAAUUUAAACGUGGCUAUUCUCUUGAAAAUGACGAAAAAGAAUUUUCAGACAGAAGAGAAAAAGUGUAUACUUUUAUGAAAAUACCCUUAGAAGUAGAACGAUUCAUGUUCUAUGGCUUUUGUCAGUGUGCAGAUUCAUUCCUAUUUGUCUAUACAUUCCUGCCAUUACGGGCGUUAGUAGCAUUAAAAUCAUUAAUUUGUAGUUCCUUUUCAAAAUUCAAGGACAAACAUAAAAAAAAACGGUUAUCUGCAGCGGAGACAUGCGACUUAUUAAAGAUGGCUGUAUUAAUAACAUGUUCAAUGAUGUUAUUGCCGUGGGAUACGUCAAUGAUGUAUCAUGUAAUUAAAAGCCAAUCGGUUAUUAAGUUGUACAUAUUUUUUAAUAUGUUAGAGGUCGGUGACAGGUUAUUUUCGUCAUUUGGUCAAGACAUUUUGGAUGCAUUAUUUUGGACCGCUACUGAACCUAAGACCAGUCGCCGUGAACACUUUGGGGUUUUACCACAUUUUAUAAUGGCUGUGUUUUAUGUCUUUUUACAUGGUAUACUUGUAUUAUGCCAAGCUACUACAUUGAAUGUAGCCAUUAAUUCUAGUCACAAGGCAUUGCUAGCAAUCAUGAUGUCUAAUAAUUUCGUAGAGCUGAAAGGAAGCGUGUUCAAAAAGUUUGACAAAACAAACUUAUUCCAAUUGUCGUGCAGUGAUGUCCGUGAACGAUUUCAUCUGUUUAUAUUAUUACUUAUAGUUGUAGUACAAACAAUGAAAGAAUACCAAUGGACUAGUGAAUCAUUUUGGGAGUUAAUGCUUGACUGCAUGUAUGUCAUGAUAUCAGAAAUGUUAAUUGAUUGGACAAAACAUGCAUUCAUUACUAGGUUCAAUGAAAUAAACUUGUCAGUGUAUAGUGACUAUGUAUUGAGCUUUGCUUAUGACACUGCACAGUCGCGUCAUACAAAGGCAUUCACGGAUCACUCAGAUUUGGUUGCAAGGCGAAUGGGCUUCAUUCCAAUUCCGCUAGGAGUAGUUAUGAUUAAAGUUCUAACUAGAUGUGUGUCUAUUGAUGGAAGACUAGCUUCCAUAAUUCUACUAUUUUUUACAUUUACAUGUCUAGUCACAUUGAAAAUUGUUAAUCUUGUCUAUAUACUAGGAAGAGCUUGCAAAUUGAUAGAUCUCCACAAAACGUCUUUAAUAAAAAAUCAUCACAUUAUAAAUGGCAUAAGUUGUCAAGACAUGGCGACUAGUCCAAUGAGACCACCAAUCCGUAAAAAGCAGUCUUGGAGUGAUAACAAAGAAAAUAAACCUUCACCACUGAUUGAAGUUCCUCCAUUGGGGCCUAUACCAAUGUUUGCUAAUAGCAAUGUUGAUAUAAAGGAGGCAUGCCUUAAUACACAAAUAUUAGAAGACAUUGUGGAAUCGGAUUUGACUCAUAGUGACUCUGAUUUAAACUUAUCCAUGGUUCGCGAUGCUGAUACACUGAGUACAAAAUCAGCUUAAAUAAUCAUUGGGAUAUAUGAAGAACAAUUUUUUUUAUUUUCAUACCAUGGUGUUAUAUGUUAAAUAAGACUGCAAAAGGGAAUAUUAUUAUUUUUUAAUAAUUGUUAAAAAGUGAUAACACAACAAAUCCUAAAAAUUGUAUUUAUUAUAACAUUGUUAUGGCAUGGUAUCCAUAGCAACUUACUAUAUUGUUACCAUGUACAUUUGUGAUGGCCAUGUUUCUAUAAUGUUAUAUUAUAUUAUAUAAGGUCCUUACCCUUUGAAUAAUAUGUUUUGAUUUUUAUUGUUUUACUAUUGUAUUGUUGUUAAUUUUUUUUCUGUAAUAAUUUAAUUAAAAUGUCAAAAAUUGCUGAUGGUAACUACACUACAGUUAUUUACACAUUGGUAAAUCUAAAAAUAAAACUUUAAAACAAGUUGAUUGUUUGUAUUAUUAUUCUAUAACAUAAAUAUAAUUUGUGAUUUUUUUAUGAUAUAGAUUAAAGAAAAACAGUAUAAUGAUGUUAUUGAAAUCAUUAGCAACAUGUCCGAUAACAAUAGAAAUGUAAAUUUCUUACUGUGAAAUAUAUAAAUAACAUUUUCAGACA